AUGCCUAACUCAACUCUAACAUCUAUGUCUGGCGGCCCCAGGUUCAAAUUCCCUGACGACAGCGAGCCUACCCAACGUACUUCCAUGGAGAAGUUCCCGGAUCAUUUUGAGUCUCCGGACAGCCAAUCGCCAUAUUUGUCCAGCCCUACCAGAUCUAAUGGCUAUACGGACGGAUCAAGCUCUGCGGGCAGAUGGCAAUCGCUGAAGGAUAGCGGGCGACGGGGAUCUGCUUGGAACGGACAGGCAAGCAUAGGAGGAAAACAUGGCAGACAACCGAGCUUAAGCGAUGCAUUCAGAACGAUCCGGACGAGGAAAGGGAGCAUCAGUGCAAACGUACACGAAGUAGCAGAUGCACUGAAGGCGCCUGUCUCGCCCAAACUGAUUACUCUGUGCAUAAUUUGGUAUAUGUCGAGUGCUUUGACGAGUACCUCCUCGAAAGCAAUCCUGAAUGCCUUCCCCAAACCAGCCACCCUUACUCUGAUACAAUUCGCAUUCGUCGCCUUCCUCUGCCUCUUUUUCUCUCACCUGGCGACGGUCUUCCCCAGUCUUCAAACUAGAAUCCCUGCAUUAAAACACAGAGUUCGGUAUCCCACCCGAGAGGUCAUCGUGACAACCAUGCCUCUGGCUGCCUUCCAAAUAGGGGGCCAUCUCCUGUCUUCAUCAGCAACCAUGAAGAUCCCCGUCUCUCUGGUCCACACUAUCAAGGGACUAUCUCCUCUCUUCACUGUACUGGCAUAUCGAGUCAUCUUCGAUAUUCGCUACCCAAUAACCACCUAUAUCUCACUAACCCCCCUGACAUUAGGUGUAAUGCUGGCAUGUUCUGCGGAAUUUCGGGGAAACUUUUUGGGAAUUUUUUAUGCUUUCCUUGCCGCCCUGAUUUUUGUCACACAGAACAUCUUCUCAAAGCGUCUCUUCAACGCUGCGUCUAAAGCCGAAGCAUCGGGUGUCCAAAGCCGAAAGUUGGACAAACUAAACCUCCUUUGCUAUUCCUCUGGCCUAGCUUUUGUCCUCACCUCGCCCAUCUGGUUCUGGUCAGAAGGCCUGGAAAUUAUGCGGGACUUCUUUCACGAUGGCACGGUCGAUCUCGCCGAAGGCUCUCCCUCCAAACCGGCAUUCGACCACGGCCGCCUGGCCUUAGAAUACGUUUUCAACGGCACCUUCCAUUUCGGCCAAAAUAUCAUCGCCUUCGUCCUACUCUCCAUGGUCUCUCCCGUAACCUACUCUGUCGCCUCCCUCAUCAAGCGCGUCUUCAUCGUCGUGAUAGCCAUUAUCUGGUUCCGAAACCCCACUACCAAAAUCCAAGGCCUUGGCAUAGCCUUAACCUUCUUCGGCCUCUACCUGUACGACCGAACGAGCCAAAGCAGUAAAGCUGACAAGAAGGCGAAAAUGAUGGAUAUCAAAGAAGACAGCCUCCUCCCCUCCUCCCACCUACCGAAUCGCAACGGGUCUCCGGCUUUCGACACCCCGGUCCGAGGCUAUACCAACGGGUAUGCCAUCAACUCCUCCUCGGAGUCAAAAAAAUCUGACGAUUUUGGCCGUGUAGGCAACCCACGAGGAGCGAGUAAUGUGGCGUGGCUACCGCCGGGAACGAGACAAGAAGAGACGUGGCGGCCGAGAGAGCUGAGCGCGAAUGGGAACGGCAGUUUUCACGAGCAGGGCCAUGGUGAAGAAGUGGGAGGUGCUGGCCAAGAUCAGUACGGGUCGGCUAUCCAACUUCAGCACUUUCAGAUGACCACAAUACUGCAACUUUCUUACGAUGAGAGUCUCCUCCCGUUUUCCGAUACCGCAAUUGAAACCAAUCGCUGCCGGUCGAUGAGUACUGCGGCAUUCCCACUAUUGCGGAAGCAACAGGAAGACGGUUCAGGUACGCACAACGCAACUUUCAAGACUGCUAUGCUCAUGUCAUGUCACAGAGAUAGAGAUUUCGGGAGAAGAACCAUGUCAUUAUCGGCCAUACAGAUGGCUGUAAGACCAUGUAACGAACGCGAGAAUCUGCAGUCGAGAUCUCGCAGCUUCAGUGUCCCGGCUCUCGUAGACCCCGCCGUUGAUGCUGCUGGGAACGGUGCUAGAUCUUGUGCCUGGAGCAGGAACGAUAUGUUUAGUCUACGUCACGCGUUACUACACACACUUGCUCUAUGGAAAGAAGUCAUUCCAGGGGCCACCCCUUACCCUAUCAACUUUAGCGACCACGAAUUAGAGCUUCACAACAGUAAAUGGAGCUUGCUGAAGGGCUUGGAGGGGUUCUGCAUCAACUUCAGGAUGGUGACUUGGUGGGAUGGUAUUGAGGGAGAAGUUUGA